AUGGCCGACCUCCACGUGCAGUACAUUCUUGCAGAGGCUGCCGACGCGGAAGCUGUGGCAGAUGAUGUUCUUGGGCGUCCAGAGAUUCUGGACGAGUCGGGAGACAUCAUGUUGGCCGCUGAGAACGCGGACAUGCCGCUGCCUGCCAAAGGCGGGCCAAAGCAAAAGGCACGGGCUGCCCGAAAGAUCCGGCCGCAUGAGCUCUGCCCUGGUCAAUUGGGUCACGCGUGCUGUUUCUCCUUGCGAGAAAGCGCGCUUGGCCAGCCGGCAGUUCUCCCGAAGGGCGAGAAGACGUGCGUGUGGUGCAGCCCGGAGCGUCUGCAGAAGGUGCUUGCAGAACCUCAGCGUCGCAAGCGCGCGACACAUGCCUUGCGUGUCUGGACCGACGCCGACCAGGCUGCAGUUCUGACAAGGGCUUGGGAGCGUUUGCCGGCGUCUCACCACGCUGCUCUUCGCGCUGCUCUUGCGCGACCUUCCCGCGCUAAAGCUGCUGUCUCUGCGCGCAAAGCUGCCGCCGUGGAAAGGCAGAGCUGGCACACCUUGCUCAACCACCGGGUGAACCUGGGCUUGCCCAUGACCCCCAAUGCGGAGACGGUCUACCUCGCCAAGAAGGCUGACGACGACAGGCGUCUCCGGGCAAAGUUUGGCGCCAUGAUGCAGGCGAGGGAUGCUGGCGACAAAGACUGGCGGUCGCCCGCGGCUGAGCGCUUCGAGCAAUGGUGCCGUUCCUCGUCCUGGCUUCUUUGCGAGCAAUGCCUUCGACUGGAGCAGCGCCCGGUUCAACAGCGAGACAUAGUUGGCACAGGCCCGCGCAAGAACACCGUGCGCAAGUGCCAUCACUGUCGGUCAGGUGCAGGGUACCCCACGGUCUCCGCAAACAUGAUUCCGGAAGAGCUGCAGAACAUCUCGCUUGACGUCUUGUGGGCGGUGCGUCCCCUCGAGCCAGAUGUUGGCCUGCCGGUCUUCGCCAAGCACGGUUACCGAGUGCACACGGACAUGAUCCGCUUCUGGUGGCGGCCGCAGACUGUGGAAGCGCAGCUGGAAUCACUCGAGGACGAGCAGGAUCGUGCCGCAGCGCAGAUGCACGAGCGCUUCUUGCGUCGACACCGUGCAAGCCUGACGGGGAUGGCUGACGAUCGGGCGCUGCGGCUUCCCUGGACCAACAUGUGCGAGACCUGCAUUCGAAAGGCAGAUGUUCGGCGCAGAGACCGCCGUGAUUUGCAGCCGGCGCCUUGUCUGGUGCCUGGGGCGGCUUCUGACGAUGACGCCGUCUCCGACUCCGACCAGGAUGAUGCGGAUGUCCGCGAGGAGGAAGAAGAUGCUUUCAAGGACGAUGCAGAGGCUCCCGCACCCCUGGACUUUGCGAAGCCCGGCCGCAAUUCUGCAAAGGCCGCCUAUCUGGCCAAGGUGUUGGGCUCCGUCCUGGGCUACGGAGCUGACUAUGACCUUUUCCAAUUCGUGUAUGAUCUUUGGUUGUGGAGCGCGCUGGGUGCCAAGAACAACACGGCCGAAGCGCCAUUGCGCCUGGCCAUGGCGGGCUAUUCCGAUGAGAUGACGAAGCUGCAGCGCUGCAAGCUGCGUUUGCCGGUGGCUGAGACGCUUCACAUAGCUCACGUCCUGGCUCAGGCAGUGCAAGGCUUGUUGACGGGCGCCAACAACCAGCGCUUGGGCAGGGGAAAGGCCAACGAAGCCCCCUGGACGAGCCACAUCUUCGCCGCCAAGGACGGCACGGGCCGCAAGACCGUCCUCAACUUCUUCGGGCGCUUGGAGUACCAGGCCGUGAAGUUGGAGGAGAGCCUGGCCGCCACGGUGCCGGCCGACAAUCUCGUCAUGAGUUCUCUCGUGGAAGGCUCGCAGCGCUCCUGGACCGGCAGCGGAUGGCCACUGGAACCCGGAGCAUCAUGCUACGAUGCCUCCGCAGGCGUGUUGCGGCUGCAUCGCACAGAGUCGGACUACAAUGCUGUCGGUGUACGUCUCCGGCUACGUUCCCAAGUUCUCCACAGUUUCACCACGGAGUGGUUGGCAGACGCGUGCAGCGACUAUGCGGUCGCCCGGCGCGUGCUGACGGACUAUCAUCCGCUGGAACCAGAGAUGACAUUGCAGCUGGCCAUGCAGUGGUUUCCGCAGUGCUUUGCAGGGAGUACUUUGCAGCGCUUCCGCGCGCCUGUGCCGUGGGAGGGCGACUUGCCCGAGCGCGUGCAGCAGUACAUCAACAGUACCUGGCACGCCGUGGACAUGCCCCUGGCAGACUUUCUGCGGAGGACAAACCGGUCCGGAAGAAUUCAUCAGGCCUUGCGUAAGAAGUACAAGCAGUUCGUGGCCCAGGAGCUUCCUGGCGAGGAGCCCAUGGAGUCCUUGGAGACCUGGGCCAACAGCGCUUUGCUCGCGGGCGACGUGGCUGUGGCUGCCAUCUACCUCUCCCGGUACAAUGACUGUUACUAUGGCCAGUGGGUCCUCAUGAACGUGCCCUUUCAGUCCCUGGACGACUUGUACCGUCCGGAGCUGGAGCUGGUGCUGCCGCACCUCUACUAUCAGACGCUGGCGUUUCUUCUGCGCCCUGCUGACUGGAUGCGUGAGGAUGCCAUUCGGGCCAAGCUCGAGCUGGAAGCCCCCAGAGAGCACCAUGUGCGCAACAUCCUCGCCAUGCUCUUUGCGAAGCAGGGCUUGAUCCGUCGCUACCUGUCUGGCGAGCUCGACAAGAAUGAGGACCUGCGCGGCAGCAGCAAGGGUGCCGAAGAAGUCGCUGGCAACACUGAUGUGGACUUGUCCGGCAAGCAGCAGCGCAUUGCGGACGAGCUCGUAGAGGCCGUGCAGCAAGGCAUGGACCAGAAACGGCAGCGGGAGAACGCGUGGAAGGUUGAGGAUGAUUGGGUGUCCAAGGAUGCUGCUGACAUAGAUGAAGAGGGUCCUCCGGCGCGAUCGGCCUUUGCCGUCCUUGGUCCUGGCAAGACGACUGCGGUGCAUGCCGCCAUUCGUCGCGUCAGUCAGGCCGGAAGUCGGAUUCUUCUGACGGCUCCUACAGGCCGCCUGGCAGCCACGCUGCGAGAGAGGUUACCAGAGCUGGAGGUCGACACGGUGCUGUGGCCCUACGAUCUGAUCGUCGUGGAGGAGCGCCUUCCGACCUUGGUCUUCGUCGGCAACUUCUACCAGCUGCCUGGGGUCGACCCGACCAGUGCCCUGGACUCGCCUCUGUGGCACAGUGUCCUCGUGAAGAAGCGAGAGCUGCACACUAUGCUGCGCUGCAAGUGCGCAAAGCGGAGGCAGACCCGGGAGCUCUUGCGGGUUGGCAAGCCCACGCAGCAGCAGCUGCGGCAGAUCAAGGCCGGCCACAAGGCACCGUCUCGACAGAGGGCGGGCUACGUCAUGAACGCGGAGCCGAGCCAGGAAGACGUGGCCAACAUCCUGGCGGAAACCCCUCACACCCUCUUCUUGACCGUGAGUCGGCGUGCCUGCGCCGAGAGCAAUGUGAACAACUUCGAGCAUGGCAAGAUGGUGGCCCAAGCCCCCGUGGAGGUGCCCAUCUACCGCGGCUCCCGCAUUCUUCUCACGAAGAACCUCAACAAGUCCAUUGGCUUCGUCAAUGGCAUGGGCGCUGUGGUGCUCGGCAUCGAUGGCGGCAACAUCAUUGUCAAGACGGAUCAGGGCAUCCGCUUGGCGGUGCACCCUUGGACCUCCGAGGACCGCAUCGCGCACUUUCCGCUCCGGCUUGGCUAUGCAAGCACACUGCACAAGGUGCAGGGAGCCACGCUGGAGCACAUCACGCUGUGGCUAGAUGUGGCCAACAUGCCGGCUGCGGCCUAUGUCGCCCUCAGCCGCGUGGAGUACGAUGCCAACUGGCGUUUUGUGGGGGACCCCGGCAUCCACCACUUCACACCUGCUCGAUUCCACUGA